AUGAAAUAUGCAUCAUCGCCCUUAACGUUCGUCGAUGUCUACUUGUCCGCGCGUUUAUCUACCUUGGUCCUGACCUGGCAUCUCGUUCAAUUAAUAUCUAUCUAUCUAUCUAUCUAUCUAUCUAUCUAUCUAUUCAGUCUCUUAAUAUCUAUCUAUCUUUUUAUCUAUCUCUUUUUCUUUUUUUCUUUCUUUCUUUCUUUCAAUUCUUUCUUUCUUUCUAUUUCAGUAUCUAUCUAUCUAUCUAUCUAUCUAUCUAUCUAUCUAUCUAUCUAUCUAUCUCUUUCUUUCUUUCUUUCAAUUUCAGUCUCUUUAUAUCUAUCUAUCUAUCUAUCUUCCUCUUCUUUCUUUCUUUCUUUCUUUCUUUCUAUUUCAGUCUCUUUAUAUCUAUCUAUCUAUCUAUCUUCUAUUUCUCUUUGUUUUUUGUUUCUUUCUAUUUCAGUAUCUUCUAUCUCAUCUAUCUAUCUAUUAUAUCUAUCUAUUCAUCUAUCUAUCUUCUUUCUCUCUAUCUCUUUUUUUUUCUUUCAAUUCUUUUCUUUCUUUUUUCUUUCUAUUUCAGUCUCUUUAUAUCUAUCUAUCUAUCUAUCUAUCUAUCUAUCUAUCUAUCUCUUUGUUAUUUGUUUCUUUUCUAUUUCUUUUAUCUAUCUAUCUAUCUAUCUAUCUAUCUAUCUAUCUAUUCAGUCUCUUAAUAUCUAUCUAUCUUUCUAUCUAUCUCUUUUUCUUUCUUUCUUUCAAUUCUUUCUUUCUUUCUUUCUUUCUAUUUUAGUAUCUAUCUAUCUAUCUAUCUAUCUAUCUUUUUUCUAUCGAUCGAUCGUUGUUUCUGUACUGAAGUCAUUUGGCGCAAAUUCUUCAUGUUCUAUGUUCGUCCUUCCGCCGCGCCGAUCCUCAUCGCAAGUGCGUUUCUGCGAUCUCCUCUUCGAUGUGUUAGGGGUGGGGGUUGUAAGUGGCAGAUGUGGUUAUCGACAGAACGGAACGGGUUCCGGGGUGUGGGGCAAGGAAGUUAUGCUUCAUCAUUUGGACAACAGCCUGAAGCUGGUCAAGUAA